AUGACCGCGGCUCCUCUCAGUUCGAUCCGCGUGAGACAAAGCGAGUGUGGUGUUUCUCUCAUCUCAGCCGCUGCACACGUCGCUGUGUGUCAGGUCAGCCUGAUGCACAACGGCUGGCCGGUGAUUUCCGCGUUCGCCGGGGACCAGGACGUGACGCGCGAGGCCGCCAGCAACGGCGUCCUGAUCCAGAUGGAGAAGGGGGACCGGGCCUACCUCAAACUGGAGAGGGGGAACCUCAUGGGGGGCUGGAAGUACUCCACCUUCUCCGGCUUCCUGGUGUUCCCCAUGUAG